GAAGAGAGUAAUGGCAUGAGCUUUGCGUCGAGAUCCCGUCAAACCACCGUAACGCGAAUUUCUCGCACCUGAACUUUCACAGUUUCCGAAGGACUAUUUGACCCAUUAAACGGAGCGUCUUGUUGAAUUAUUUGCAUCAGCAGCAGCACUUCACAAGUCACUCCAGAGCACUUGCGUACCUGCCUUUCCAAGACAUUUAAAAUAAAGAGGAUAUGAUAUUGGACAUGUGAAAUACAGGAGGUAACUUAAAAAAUGAAGCUGGCGUCUUGUCUGUGUUGCCUCGGCGUUCUUCUCACUUCAGUGGCGGUCCGGCUGAGCCGUUCGCAACAAGUAUGCACCGGCACGGAGAAUAAACUGAGCACCCUGUCAGACUUGGACCAGCAGUACCGGACCCUUCGUAAAUACUAUGAGAACUGCGAAGUGGUGAUGGGUAACCUGGAGAUCACAAGCAUCGACCGCAGCCGUGACCUGUCUUUCCUUAGGUCCAUUCGUGAGGUGACCGGAUAUGUGCUUGUGGCACUGAAUCAGUUUGAAUAUCUGCCCUUGGAGAAUCUGCGCAUCGUCCGUGGAACCAGGCUGUAUGAAGACCGCUAUGCGUUGGCUAUCUUUCUCAACUACCGUAGAGACGGCAACUUCGGGCUCCGUCAGCUCGGCCUCAAGAAUCUAACAGAAAUUCUGAAUGGAGGGGUGUACGUGGACCAGAACAAGUUCCUGUGUCAUGCUGACACCAUCCACUGGCAGGACAUUGUGAAGAAUGCCCGUCCUGAUCACCUGGUUGUGCCGUCCAAUAGCAGCAGUUCCUGUCAGAGAUGUCACAGAGCAUGUAAUGGACGCUGUUGGGGACCAAAGGAGAACCAAUGUCAAAGUUUGACAAAGACAGUAUGUGCCGAGCAGUGUGAUGGUCGCUGUUUUGGGCCGUACGUCAGUGACUGCUGUCACCGCGAGUGUGCCGGAGGUUGUUCGGGCCCAAAGGACACUGACUGCUUCGCCUGCACAAACUUCAAUGACAGCGGCGCAUGUGUGACCCAAUGCCCACAGCCCUUCGUCUACAACCCCACCACAUUUCAGCUGGAGCACAACCCACGGGCCAAAUACACCUACGGUGCAUUCUGUGUCAAAAAGUGCCCACAUAACUUCGUGGUGGACCACAGCUCUUGUGUCAGAGCCUGUCCGAGCAACAAGAUGGAGGUGGAGGAAAACAGGAUCAAGAUGUGCAUUCCCUGCACAGAUAUAUGCCCAAAAGGUGAUGGUUCUGUUACAGCAUGUGAUGGCAUCGGCACCGCCAGUCUUCAGACGGCUCAAACCGUCGACUCCAGCAACAUCGACAGAUUCAUCAACUGUACCAAGAUCAAUGGCAACUUGGUGUUUCUCAUCACAGGGAUUAAAGGGGAUGUAUACCACAACAUAGAGCCAUUGGAUCCGGAGAAACUCAAUGUCUUCCGCACCGUUCGCGAAAUUACAGGUUUCCUGAACAUUCAGUCUUGGCCAGAAAACAUGACGGAUUUGAGUGUCUUCUCCAAUCUGGCAACCAUAGGUGGCAGGUCUCUCUACAGUGGGAUCUCUCUUCUGGUGCUGAAGCAGCAGUGGAUAUCCUCGCUACAGCUGCAGUCUCUCAGUGAGAUUAGUGCAGGAAAUAUCUACGUCACCAACAACAGCCAACUCUGCUACUACAACACUGUCAACUGGACGCAGCUGUUCCGCACCAACACCCAGAAGGCCAUGAUCCGAAACAACCGCGACCCGAAGGAGUGCAUUUCGGACCGUAUGAUAUGUGACCCGCUGUGUUCGGAUGCCGGAUGCUGGGGUCCGGGGCCUGAACAGUGCGUGUCUUGUCGGUUCUUCAGCAGGGGUCGCACCUGUGUGGAGUCUUGCAACCUACACGAAGGGGACGUGCGCGAGUUUGCGAAUGGCUCAAUGUGUUUGGAGUGUGAUGCACAAUGUGAGGUGGCAGAAGAUGAUGGUCUUGCCUGCACUGGACCUGGUCCUGAUCACUGUGUUAAAUGUCUUCACUUUAAAGACGGGCCCAACUGUGUGGAGAAAUGCCCCGAUGGCCUACAGGGAACAAACAGCUUCAUCUUCAAAUAUGCUGAGGCCAACAAUGAGUGUCACCCUUGCCAUGUCAACUGUACCCAGGGAUGCACAGGACCCCGUCUGCAAGACUGCAUUGGCAUGAUGGACAGGACUCCUCUCAUUGCGGCUGGAGUUAUCGGUGGACUCUUUUUGGUGAUCAUCGUGGGCUUGAGCAUUGCAGUAUCAAUGAGAAGGAGGAGCAUCAAGAAGAAGAGAGCCCUACGACGCUUUCUGGAGACUGAGCUGGUGGAGCCCCUGACACCCAGUGGUGCCGCCCCUAACCAGGCCCAACUGCGUAUUCUGAAGGAGACGGAGUUGAAAAGGGUGAAGAUUCUGGGAGCCGGAGCUUUUGGCACCGUUUACAAGGGCAUUUGGGUACCCGAGGGCGAGACUGUGAAGAUUCCCGUGGCCAUCAAGAUCUUAAAUGAGGCGACAGGCCCCAAAGCUAACGUGGAGUUUAUGGAUGAGGCUCUGAUCAUGGCCAGUAUGGAGCAUUCUCACCUUGUACGACUGUUGGGGGUUUGCCUGAGCCCCACCAUCCAGCUGGUCACUCAGCUCAUGCCCCACGGCUGUCUGCUGGACUACGUGCAUGAGCACAAGGACAACAUUGGCUCCCAAUUACUGCUCAACUGGUGUGUUCAAAUCGCCAAGGGUAUGAUGUACUUGGAGGAAAGGAGACUUGUGCACCGAGAUCUAGCAGCCCGAAACGUCUUAGUGAAGUCACCCAAUCAUAUCAAGAUCACUGACUUCGGUUUGGCUCGUCUCCUGGAUGCAAAUGAGAAGGAAUAUAAUGCAGAUGGCGGCAAGAUGCCUAUAAAGUGGAUGGCCUUGGAAUGUAUACACUACAGGAAAUUUACCCACCAAAGUGAUGUCUGGAGUUACGGAGUGACUAUCUGGGAGCUGAUGACAUUUGGUGGAAAACCAUAUGAUGGAAUCCCAACACGAGAGAUUCCCGACCUCCUGGAGAAAGGAGAGAGGCUCCCUCAACCUCCCAUUUGCACUAUUGAUGUCUACAUGGUCAUGGUCAAAUGCUGGAUGAUAGAUGCAGAUAGCAGACCCAGGUUUAAAGAGCUUGCAGCAGAAUUCAGUCGAAUGGCAAGAGACCCACAGCGUUACCUCGUGAUCCAGGGUGAUGAUCGCAUGAAGCUGCCCAGCCCCAACGACAGUAAGUUCUUCCAGAGUCUGUUAGAUGAAGAGGAGCUGGAAGAUCUGAUGGAUGCUGAAGAGUAUUUGGUCCCACAAGCAUUCAGUAUUCCUCCAUUGGCAUAUACCACCAGAUCACGAAUGGACUCCAACAGAAACCAGUUUGCAUACCAGGACGGAAGCUUUGGCAUGGAGGAAAUGAUGGCCACUAUCCCUCGGGUUGUGGCUGUAUCUGCAGUAAGCCCGGCUUGUUCCUCUCAAAAGCAAUCUGUGGCCCAUCAGGGGGCCUCAGGGUCCUCUGAGGCAUUUGAAGACAGUCGCUGUAAUGGCACACUGAGGAAGAAGGCUUCACCCAGGGCGAGCACCGGGGAGGACAGCAGCGGUCAACGUUAUUGCGCAGAUCCAACCAUGAUGCUGUGCGAGCGUGGAGCCAGAGCUGAAACAGACCAGGAUGGAUACAUGAGCUCCAUACAGGACAAAAAGCCCACAGAUUAUCUUAACCCCCCUGUAGAGGAGAACCCAUUUGUCACCCUACGCAGAAACGGAGAGCUCCACAGCGCCUCUAAUGGGCAGCCCAAGGUGGAAGAGGACUAUGUCAACGAUCCGCUUUACCUCAACACCUUCCAUAACUCCGGGGAAAAGAGUCACGACGUCCUGAGGAAGAACGGAGUCCCUGGGGCUCACGCAGCGGCAACAGUAGUAGCAGCUAAUUCUGGCACUUCGAAAAGCCAGAAUCUUCCCCAAACAAUUCAACUACCAGCACCCAGUACCCAUAUCACAGCACAGCCUCUGUACCACGGCCAACAAAGCAUCUCUACGCUUUCAGGCCACCCCCUCCACUCUGCCCAUCCUGGACACGUCCUCCAUCCAACGCACACCCUGCAUCCCACUCACUCCGGGACCAUCAUGGUCGACAAAAAGCCCAAAAAGACAUUCGACAAUCCUGAGUACUGGCAGCACAGUCUUCCGCCCAAGGCAACUCUCCAUAACCCCGAGUACCUGCAGGACUGCAGCACACGCUUUUUCUACCGGCAAAACGGUCGGAUUCGGCCUGCCGUGGCCGAGAACCAGGAGUACCUGUCGGAAUAUGCGCUAAAGCCGGGCACCGUGUUGCCACCGCCCCCUUAUCGCCAGAGGAACACUGUUGUGUAGCAACAUCUGCCAAUUGAAACGAAAGACAAAGUGGGAAAUAUACAGGUAGAAAGAGACCAUCUAAAACGUUAUUUUCACCCUGGCUCUCUCACACCAGCAUUCAGAUGUCUCCUAUCCUUUCCAAACUGGAUUUAACGCUCAACUUUCAACGAUCUGUGUAGGCUUCUUGUCCAGAGGCAUGACAUCUGCUUGUGUUUCCUCAAUCUGAUCAUCAUUUACACCUGUUCCCCUCCCACCAUUUGGAAAGCUAUAUAACAAUCCCCAUCGCAUUAUAUGGUAGAUUCAUUGCAAGAGGUACCUGUAUUUACUGUAAGUACGAACCCAGUGCCACACGGUGUGGACAUUUGGACAUAAAAACAAAAAUGCGUCAUUGAUUUUAUGCGUCAUUGAGCAGACAGGAGCCAUUCUUUUGUGCAACGCCAACAAUUUGGAUCUUGUUUUGGGUUGAAUUUUGAUUUAAAGCUACUACAGUAUGAUCUGAUGUAAUUUAUAACUUUGAUUAUUGUUGUUAAACAAGUAUAGUUUACUUUAGAUUAUAUGAGAAGGCUGAUAUGUCGUAUGCAGGGCCAUCAUCAAGGGUAGACAACCCGGGAGUGUUCCUGUAGCAGCUCAAUUGGUUGAGCACUGUGUUAACAAUGUAAAAGGUCAUGGGUUCGAUCCAAAGGACCACACAUACUGAUAAAAUGUAGAGCUUGUAAUGCACUGUAAGUCGCUUUGGAUUAAAGCACCUGCCGAAUGCAUAAAAGUAAUGUACGUGAAUAAUAUCCAAACCCUUGGAGAAGGGGCGUUUAAGAUCCUCUUGUACUGCGGUUUGGAAAAAGCUAGACUUCAGUAAUGGCCCUGAGUGUAUGUUGAAUCCUGUUACAUGGUUUGUAUUCAUAUGUAUUAUAUCGCUCAAGCAAGGCACUUUUAUUUUUCAUCUUAAUACUUGUGAGCCAUUCUCUUUCAAUGCGCAACAAGACUCGACAUAUUUCUUACGUGGUAACAGUCCACAAUAGACUUCUGAGCAGCACACAUGUAACAACAUGUGUAAAGAAAAACAGAUAAAGAGAAACACUCCACGCUGAGAAAAACUCUCAUAUCAGCCUGUUUGUGAAAUACAAAAGCCAGGCCUUACUGUAGCCUGCUGCUGAAUCAAUAACUUCAUAAAAACAGAUCUGCGGCAGUCUACUCUAAUAAUGUUUUUAUUGUGGAUCUUGCCGGCAUUGAUCUGUACACUCACACAGUUGUCACCUUAAUGUAGCCUUCCUUUAUUUGUGCCAUUUAAUGUGAGGAAAUUAAAACCCAAGUUGAAAAACUGGAUGUACCUUGAACUUAUUGAUGUUAAAAUCAAUAAUAGCGACCAACAUGUCUGUCCCACGUAGACGGACGUACGCAAAAGGAUAUUUACACACCAGGUUUGCACGAAAGACUCAAGAGCACAUGACACCUGGUUUUGAAAUAUGGCCGGAAAACUGUUAACUGUAACUGUAUGACUUGGGUGAAUAUUAAUGACCACAUGCAACUUCAUGCAGAUGCACAAAAAUGGGAAACGAUCAAGACGGCAGCUUUGUUCAUAAAAUGUGACUUUGGAGACAUAUGAAACGGUAGACAGGAAUACCAUCAUGCCACAAGGAACAAAUGAAAAUGGAUUACGGGAAUGUUUUGCCCCCGGGCCAGAGAUGUGACUGCCUCAAAUCUGUUAUCUCCGUUUGAACUGUCUCCCAUAAUAACUUUCUAUAUGGAUUGUGGAAGUAUGAAGAGGUAACUACAAUGAUGAAGAUGACAUCAGGAUUUUAUUCCUCUCAAAAGCUUGGAAACUUUGCAACAUCUUGGAUAUGAAUCAUGCCAUCCCUGUUUCUAAGGCCAGAUUGGUGUAUAGUUUUGAACACUGCCAGGCACUUUUUGCUAAGAGGAACAAUAAUGCGAUGUUGAUUGAUAGGACAUGAUAUGGUUUUAUAGCACUUAACAGCCUGGCACGGCCGCAUGAGUUUGUUUUGAGCACCAAAAGCACUGAUUGAAUUAUUAUGAUCACAGCCGAGAUGACUUUAAAGCAAACAUCACCCGCCCUUGUACUUUUGUUUUGCCGCAUCAUGUUUUAUGUGCAUUUGUAUGUGUGUAUGUGCUUACAAAUAUGAAGGUUUUGCGGUAAAAUGGAGCACUUUAUUAUCAAAAGCGACAAAGAUAGAAGAGAGAUUUUUCGUUGUGGGUUUCGGUGUUGCCAUGUGAUAAUAGAUUAGACAUUUUUGGCUCUCUACUGAAAACAAAAUCAGGGAAUUUUAGUGACGUGCUGUGGUUUUGCCAAACACAGAUGUUUACUAAUGAAAGUAUUUAUCGCAAGCUUUUCACCCGUCUGAAAAAUAAUGAUCUGCCAAUCUGUAUCUAGCGGAAAGCAAUUGCUGAAUAAUAUAUUUAAACAUAUGACUAUUCUUAGAUGCACCUCUAAAAACAAUAAGAGACACUUUAAUACAAAGAAUCAGAUACUUGAAUUUACUUAUUUUAGCUCCGGUAGAGUUUGGGGAAUGUUAAGUACAAAGUGUAAAACUGAGGCCAUGUGAUAUUCUCAUUUAUGUUUACAAUAUGUUAAAUGCUAACUUAGUCACCGUUCAAGGGUUAGUCAAUUUUCUUGAAAAAAAAUCCAGAUAAUUUACUCACCACCAUGUCAUGCAAAAUGUUGAUGUCUUUCUUUGUUCAGUCGAGAAGAAAUUGUGUUUUUUGAGGAAAACAUUCUAGGAUUUUUCUCACUUUAAUGGACCCCAAUACUUAACAGUUUUA